AUGCCGGACAAACCCUCUGACCAACCCUCAAGAAGAAGAUCCUCGAGAUCGAGGUCUCCCGAACACGGGCCUGCCCAAGUGCGGGACCGAAUGGAACCUAGAAAGCGCGACAAUAGAGGCGCUCAAAAGGGCAAGCAGAGCCUUUCGAAAUCUGCCCAACAACAGGUCCGGCAUCUUUUGACCGUCGGACAAAGCACACGUGGGGUUGGCAAGUCCAUGUCGGACUUGACCAAUAUCAAGCCCAAAUUUGACGAGCAAGGCAAGCUCUUUCCUCUCAUCUCCGACGAUGAGGUUCUCUACCGUUUCAACAAGAAGGGUGGAAAUGAGCCAGAUUUCAUGGAGCGUGUCUCCGCCGACCCAAGCGCUUCUGAUUUCAAUUGGAUGGCGCGUCAAGACAGGUUCAGCAAGCCAAACGCCUACAUAGGCAAGACAACAACCGACCGCCAGUCGUUGGCUGCCUUGGUCAACCGAAUCGAGCAGCUCGCCGAGGAACAUAACACUUCGGUUGCCAGUUUCAGGAUUGAGCUCGUCCCACAAUUUUUCGUUGAAAACAUUGCAACGAAGUUGAAGAAGGCCAGUCAGGUCGCAGAAGCUCCUGUUGUCUGCGGCAACAAGCUGUGCGGCAGAAAAGGCCACACACUCGCUCAGUGUGUCAUCCCAGACCCCAAAACCGGUCUCGUGUAUGGCUGUCCAUUGUGCAACACGGGUGACCACCUUGUUGACAUGGACUGUCCUCGAAAGCCUCAGCCGGCCCCUGGAGCAAGGCACGUGGACAGAGUGAAGAUCAAAGGGUACGUCGAGACGCUGCUGGACGCGAUCUUUGUUAAAAGGGCCAACAGGCCUUCGUUCGCAACCAAUGGCAUGACCUGGCCUCUGUUUUUCCAUUCUUACCGUAAGGAUGCGAAGGCGAUCAAGUCUUACGCGGAACUUGAUGGGUCAGUCUGGGAUACAAAGGGCCGCUAUCCAUGGACCCAUAAGUACGCUAUGAAGAUGGUCGACACAGAGGAAAAGCUAGCCCAGCUUUGGGGGUUUGACCCGGCCAAAGACGAUCCGUUCAGCUGCCCUCACCUUUCUCAGGACCCUACGUGCUUGAAAUACAAGUCCUUGUCCCAAACCAUCCAGGCUUUUCACGAUGGAAGGUGGACUCUUGCGACUGGUCACGUCCCUACUUACGAGGAAUCGACGCAUCUUUUGAGGCCCGCGUAUUUGGAAGCUCGAGCCUGUAAGCUAGUCUCAACCGGCGAAUUCCGUGUCAAGCCGGAGCCGGAUACUGAGCGUCAAGUACCACCACCACCUGUCAAACCCGAGUCCUUCCCAGCUCCUACAAUUGUGCAUAACGCUUCCAGCUUGGCACUAUAUGUGUGGAAUGAAGAAACUCAGAACUUUAUCAAUACUCCCGAUUGGGAGUUCUUCCACUUCGGCACCACCGAGGACAAGGCAGAGGAUCUCCUCCGUCGUUGCGAUCCCGAGGCUGACUACGCCAUCGACUACGCAGCAUGGGUGUUCGAAUACGGACAAUCGCCUAGUGUGUCAGUUGGCGACUCCCUGGAUGAGCAGGCUUACCGGGCCGUAAUGAAGGCUGGUGCCCAAUUCAAACUGAAGGCUCAAGAAUGGAAGGACCGAGUGGCCGAACUGGAGCGCCAAGCGGAAAAAAGAAAAAACGCCCGAGAGGCAGAAGAAAGAUAAAAGGC